GUUUGCUUGCUUGUUUGGCUCGUUGCGAGAUAUAGACACUUGAUUGUGUGUUGCAAAAAUGCCAUUCUUCACGAAAAGGAUGCUCGAUUAUUUGGACAAAUCCGAACGAAAAAAGGACAACAGAGAUGAAAUACCAAAAACAUCAAAACCACCAACAUCACCCAGACGAUCUUCACCAUCAAAUCGAUCUGCAAAAGCAAAAAAAUCAGCACCUCAAACCAAUAAUAAUAAUAAUAAUAAGACCAACAAAGCUGAUCAAUACCGAACAACAUUAUUAGAACGAAGAUCGAAAAGUAUUUUACAUACACAUGGUCCACUGCCGGCAGAAAGUUCACCAACAUUUCAGCUAUAUCAAUUCGAACAGAGCAAAUCCAAUGCGGUGCAAAUUCGCAGUGAAUUUGGUGAGCAAAUUUAUCGUGUUAAACAUCGUGACUUUUCCCAAUUACCAAUGGUGGUACGAGUUUACGAAAAAGAACAGGCAAAUCAAAUACGUAAUCCUUUAUAUUUUCGAAUAUUGAGAUAUUUGGGCAAAAAACAUCCCAGCAUUCUGCAAACCUGGGAUGUAUUCCAAAAUAUUAAUAAUCAGAUUUUCGUUUUUCAACAACAUACCCAUAUCAUCGAUCUGACACAGUAUAUUCUGGGAAGACAACCGGAUGGCGAAGUCGAAUCGGUAGUAUGCCAAUGGUCACGUCAACUUUGCCGCGUGCUCGAAUAUCUAAUCAAUUCGGCUGUAUGUCAUAACAACCUUACAUCAAGUACUGUCUUGAUUAGUUUGCGUGAUAAAACAUCCAUUCAGUUGACCGGCUUCUAUCGAUCUUUCAUAUACUCCGCCAAUUACCGGGAUAAUCUGAGACCACCGUUGCCGUUGCGUAAUCGUGAUACAAAUCGACCAGAUUUCAAACCACCCGAAGUAUUCGGCACUGAAUAUCAGACAGUGAAAUAUGAUCCACUUGUGGCUGAUAUGUGGUCGUUGGGUUGCAUAAUAUAUUUUGCUCUAAGUGGCGAAUAUCCAUAUGAUUAUAAGAUUCCACCGAAAAACAUGGAACAGGAUAUUCUAGGCAAUCUUAAAUAUCUAUCCAAUCGAAUAAGCAAACCAGGAUAUGAAAUUCUAGCCAGUAUGUUAACAACUAAAAUUAAUAAACGUUUAAAAUUAGAAAAAAUGGACCAACAUCUAUGGUUCACCGUAUUCAAAAGCGAUGAUGUCGAUACCAUAAUAACAGCCAAAACGAAAACACUGGAUGAGACUGAAAUGUCAACUUUUACCGAUUUUUAUGAUGAUGAAUGUAGUGCAUUCAGUCGAUUCACAUUCGAUUCGAUUCCUGAACCUACCGCUAGAGGUCGUCGUCGUGGUGGCGCUCCUAAAUCACCAACCAAAGACAAUUUCCAAGAUUUGAAUGAAAAAGUUAAAGCUGUGACCACCCCCGUCGCCCCCAAAAUGGCCCCAAUGAUAACCAAACAAGGGCCAGGAUUUGAAAAAUAUGAAGAACCUGAAACUGAACGUACCGAAGAGGAUGAUGUUGAUAUUUUCACCGGUGAUGAUGAUCGAACCGAAGUUACUGAUACAUUUCAACGAAAUCAACCCGAUCCACAAUGGCAACGAUAAAUGAUAAUGUCAGAUUCAUUUUUUAACAAAAUAAACAUCGAUAAAAUAUCUAUUUCAA